GCUUGCGCCAAUAGUAAGGACGUAAGAAGCUGUGUUAGUUCUGGUUCCUGUGUGGUGCAUUGUGGUACACAGACUAGAACGCCAUUACAACGCGGAGCGGGAGUCACGCUAGUUUUUUUCUUGUCUGCCAAAAUGUCUAUUGGAGUGCCCAUCAAAGUCCUGCAUGAAGCAGAAGGACACGUAGUCACAUGCGAAACAAACACAGGAGAAGUGUACAGGGGGAAGUUAAUUGAAGCAGAGGAUAACAUGAAUUGUCAAAUGUCAAACAUUACAGUAACAUACAGGGAUGGCAGAGUGGCACAGCUGGAGCAGGUCUACAUCAGAGGCAGCAAAAUAAGAUUCCUCAUUCUUCCGGACAUGUUAAAGAAUGCCCCUAUGUUAAAGAGCAUGAAGAAUAAAAAUCAGGGUUCGGGUGCUGGCAGAGGGAAAGCUGCUAUCCUCAAAGCCCAAGUGGCAGCAAGAGGCAGAGGACGUGGAAUGGGACGUGGAAAUAUUUUCCAAAAACGGCGAUAACCAGGAUUUCUUUGCAUUUUUUUUUUACUGUUCUUUGGCCUGCUACUCUGGUGAAUUUCCUUAUGUAUAUUUUUUUUUUUGUUUAAUAAAACUGUUCCUUACUGAUUUUUAAACGUUACUUAUUUGCUGUUUAAUUGAAUUCACAUGCCAAAUAUACCUUGGGUUAAUACUUAGUUAUGAUAAUGCACAUAUGUAUACUGUAACUAACAUGACUGAAAUAUAAAAAUUACUUAUAUAUUUUACAUUAACUCAUAAAUUGCAUCAAAAGGUUCAUGCUUUCUUACAAGUGUUUAAUAAGGCUCAAUUUGUAACUUAACGUAUACUCCAGACGAGUCACAUCUCAGUUUUAUAUUCAGGCACUGGAGAGGUAAUGGCAGAAGAGAACAGACUGUAUGUUACACACUUGUACUGGAGCGUGUAGUAAAUAGAGUUAAAAACAGGCUUUUUUACAUUAGACCAAAAUGAACAUUUUGAGACUAAUUUGUUUAAUAAAAAUAAAAUCUAAACAGAA